CGGCCUCAUUCUCGUUCUCGUUCUCAUUCACAUGAAAUGAUAUCGCCCUGACCAAAUUUGUUUCUUUUCGCCCUCGCAUCCCUCUUUCUUCACAGAACCUGACUUUCUGUUGUUAAUGGCUGAUGGCUAGGAGGCUGUCACUGGCGCCAUGGCAGUCGCUCGACCCGUAAGAUUCCUCGGGGCGCUGUCCGUCGUCUUGCUCUUCUUCCUCAUCUACCAGUACCUGCGGCCAACACCCAACCUCACGCCGCCGAACGCAGGCCCUGUCGAAGGCAAUGGCGCGAAAAUCGAUAACAUGGAGCGUGAUCCGCUCUUAGAUCCAAUUGGCGAACCAGAUGAACCUCUCUGGCGACAUACCGACCACGAUUACUCUCCUAACAGUCUCAACUCUGCACGAAUUAAUGCCACCCUCCUCUCACUCGUCCGAAAUGAAGAACUCUCCGAACUCCUUCCUACCAUGAGACAACUCGAAGAAACAUGGAAUCAUAAAUUCAACUACCCCUGGACAUUCUUCAAUGAUGUCCCGUUCACCGAUGAAUUCAAACUAAAGACGCAAGAAGCCACAAAAGCGCAAUGUUCCUAUCACCUCAUUCCAAAAGAGCACUGGGAAAUGCCCCCCUGGGUCAGUCAAGAACUGUUUGACGAGUCUGCAAAGAUCUUGAAAGAGAACAACGUACAGUACGCCGGCAAGGUAUCUUACCAUCAGAUGUGCAGGUGGAAUAGCGGCAUGUUCUAUCGACACCCAGCACUCGAACAUAUGCAGUAUUACUGGCGAGUGGAACCAAAGGUCAAGUUCUUCUGCGACGUGGACUACGACGUCUUUCGGUACAUGCAAGACCAUAACAAGACCUAUGGCUUCAACAUCAAUCUUUUCGACUCACCGGAGUCGAUACCCUCCCUAUGGCCGGAAACCAUCAAGUUCCUGGCGUCCCACCCGGAAUACCUGAACAAGAACAACGCUAUGCAGUGGUUGACAGACAAUCAGAGAAGACCAGACAACAACGUCAAGGCACACGGCUACAGCACCUGUCACUUCUGGUCGAAUUUUGAGAUUGCCGAUUUGUCCUUCUGGCGAGGUCAGAUCUACGAGGACUAUUUCACUCACCUCGACCGGACCGGUGGGUUCUUCUACGAACGAUGGGGCGAUGCGCCUGUGCACAGUAUUGCUUUGGGUUUGUUUGAGGAUUCGAGCAAGAUUCACUGGUUCAAGGAUAUCGGAUACAACCAUAUCCCAUUCUACAACUGCCCAAACUCACCCAAGUGUCGCGGAUGCACGCCAGGGCAGUUUUAUGGUGGGGAGUCAUGGUUGCAGCGAGAAGACUGCAGACCACUCUGGUUCAAAUAUGUCGGGACUGGAUGAUCGAGCUCGACCGAGCUGUACUAUACGUGCAUUGAGCGUGUCCUUGGGAGAUGGUGGCAGCAUUCGAGCAGGCGUUCAUGGUGUGCUUGUAGAGCUGUAUUGUAUAUGUGGACGGCGGACGGUGGACGUAUAUACCUGGAUCGGCUGGAGUGCUCUACACGUAUUAUGUACGUUGUCAGAGAGCCAGUGCAGACCAGGAGCUCACCAGGGUCGAAGAUUAAUGGGCUGGGAGAAGCGCACUUAGGUCAGAGUGGGACCCCAAGGGAAUUAAAACGACAAAGGCGACAAUCCUGCAGAAGCUGUCGUAGCUCAUACCAGCGGGAUUAUCAGCAAAUGACUGUGCUGCGCUGAAGGUGACUGACAUGCAGAAUGAUUAUAUAAUGACUUGCUUCUGAGCCUCCUAUCGCUUCAUCGAGCCUCAAUCUGCG